UAGUUUGAGGGCGCUCAUCUGUGAGGGACCUUGAAAAGCUAGAAAAUUGAGAAAACUCAUUUCUUGCCGCAUGCGGCGAGGUUCUAACCUGAAUCGGUGGGCAAAUAAAAAAUCGAUAGGAAUGCAGAUAAAUUGGUAUUUCUGGUCACUCGGAGUGUUUGCAUAGCACCGAUGUAAACAAACCCAAACUGCCGGCAUACCUGGUAGCGGAUACCAAUUUUGGAGCGUUUUUCUCGUCCUUUCCACGGCAAUGAACUGGCUUCCCAAACGGUCCGGCAACGAGACGAGAUGCAUACUGGAGAUUCUCACCUCGAAGCGGCUGCUGGUGGAUCAUCUGGAGGUGGCCGAGGUGUGCUUUCGCCUUGCCCCGAAUGCCGACCGGAGCACCACCACCACCACCACCACCAUCCGAGUGCCCUUCAAAGCGGUUUGUGCGGGAUGCAUUGCGGCCGUAGCGGCUUCCACGCGAUACGCCCGUUCCCAUGUAAGGCCGAUUGUGGCAGCCUCCGUUGUGAGCGGCACCGUCCUGCUGCUCGGUGCAGUGGCGUACGAGAAGCUGCAUUACUAUCGUGACCUCGGCACGAUUACCAACCUGCUACGGGCGAUCGAACAGUAUGAUACGGCCGCAAAGCGAAUGCUUAUAUUCAUAAACGAGGUAAUCUACGGCAACGAACGGAUCAACUCGGUAAGGCGCGGUACCACCGAAAAUGAACUGCUGGAGGCGUGCAUGGAAAGUUGCACCAAAGCGAUCUACGAGCUGUACGACAGCGUGAAAGUGUUGGAAGAGCGAACCGAGCUGCGGGAAGAGUACGGCGAUGCGUAUGACCCACUGGAGUCGUUUGAAGACUGUGAAAUAUUUAAGCAAACGGCCAUCAAUCAUAGCAAUGCUAAGCAAUUGUACAAUAUUUUUUUGUACAUGCAGUCACACUGCCUGUUGCGACUGUCGCUGGCAAUGGCGAGCGGUACGGCGGUGGCGGAAAUACGCCCGGAAUGCAAUCGUCUCACCGGCUGCCUUGCACGCCGAGCGGAGGAUCUUACGCGACAGCUCAGGCUAAACAGUGUAUCGCAAGCUGAUUGCUUCCGGCAGCUGGGCAAGGUAAAGGAACCGACCGCCAAGGAGCUGGCGGCACUGAAGCACCAAUCGCUCGAGCUGACGGUCAAGCUGGCGGCGAACGUGAACCACAUGCUGGCGUUGGACAAGGCAGUGCAGUCGGUUGCCAGCACCACCUCGACAUCCGAUCGGCAGCAGCUCGAGGAGGCUGCCUCCCAGCUGGCCACGAUGCAAUCCUACCUUCUCACCCGCACCGACGAAUGCGAACGGUUGCUAAUUACGGCCAAAAAGCUGCUCAACAACGCGCCCGAGGAGCAGGCGACUGGUGCGUUGGACGAGGAGGAGCUGGACGCGGUGCCCCUUCCGGACACGCUCGGCGAACCGCUUGCCUUGGCGCCAAACUCAGCGCUCGACUGGCAGGAUGAAUUUUUCGUCAACACCGGUGCGGAGGGGGACGAAGAGUUGAAAGAAGGCGCGGCCGGCACAACGCUGGAUCAGCUGCAGGCGGAGGACGAGCUGGUCGCGAAGCGGCUGAUGCGCAAGCAGUUUCAGCCGAUACUGCGCCAGCUGCGCGAACGGCUCGUACCGGUCGAGCAGUCGUUUAGGGAGCGCGAACGGGCGGCUAUGAAGCGGAAGGGCAUCGUGCUGCCCGAGGCCGAUGAGAUGGGCCCGCCCGGACUGGAGGAGAGCAUGAGAAAAGCCUUCGCGAACGGUGAAACGGACGACGAGUCGGCGGACAGUGACGGUUCUGCGGACACGUUCCGGCUCAAGCGCAGGACCCAGACCCGGUACGAUGAGGAUCGUGAUUUUCUCGCAAGCAAGCCCCAGUUCAGUUUGCUGGCGGUCACGCUGCCGACGGGUGUCCAGAUGGAGGAAAGCAUCUUGGAGUAACGGUUACGGGGGGAGGGGGGGGGGGAGAGGGAGGGAGGUAUGUAGGCUUAGUUAUUUAUUGUUGGGCAAUCGUGAUCGAAAGAUAUUAAGCCGCCAUUAAAAUCGCUUUUUAAUGAACAUUAUGCUUGUGGCUCUAGUUUAGAACAUACAUCCCGAAUAGUGGUAGGAGCUCGGAGUUGGACCUACCCGAUUCCGAUUCCGUGCACGAAAUCAAUUCCGGAGCCGAUUCCAGAGUUGAAUCCGGAGCCGAUUCCUGAAUCAGAUUCUACUCCCCUCUCGGAAUCGAUCUAGGAAUCGCGAUUUGCUCCGAUGACGGAUUCAGAAUUGACUCCAGAAAUGGAAUUGGUUCAGGAAAGGGAAUCAGUUCUUGAAUUGAAAUAGGAAGUUUCAGAAGCGAAAUCAGUCCGGGAAUCUCCAUGAGAAUUGAUCGUUUACAAAAAAGUUUUGAUUCUUUGCGGCUAUCAAUACGUAGCAUCAUUGGACCCAAACGCAAAUUUUAAUGGAGAUGCCGAAACUGACUCCGAUUUCGAAACCGAUUCUGAUUUCGGAGCCAAUUCUGAUUCACGAGCCAAUUUUGAUUCUGGCACCAACCAACCACCGGAGCCGAUUCCGAUACCGGAGCCAAUUCCAAUUCCGAAACCAAUUCUGAUACCGUAGCCGAUUCCGAUUCCGGAGCCGAUUCCAGAACCAUAUCCGGAUCCGAUUCCGGAACCAAUUCCGGAACCGAUUCGGAUUCCGGAGCCGAUUACGAUUCCGGAGCCAAUUCCGAUUCCGGAGCCGAUUGCAGAACCAAUUCCGGAAUCUAUUCCGGAAAAAUAAUCCGAACCUACUAUCCGGAAUCGAUUCCAGAAUACUUCGGAGCUAGCCCAAAUCGAUUCCGACGAAAACUUCAUUAUUCCCAUCACUAAUCCCGAAACGGUUGUACAGAAUUGAAUGGGUUGAUGGUUUUAAUUGGGGAUUAGUUGGUAAAAGCGUUUCAUUUCCCAUGUGUCUUC